UUUGCGUGGAGUGGGGCUGUGGAACAGCAAAAAACCAGCUCCACCUCUGUAGUUUAUUUUUUAAGAGCAGCUCCGUCAACUCCGCUCUAAAAAAAUUAAAAUCUGUACCAUUUAGCACAACUCUGACUCCAGUUAAGUUGGAGUUGAGAGCUUUGGUAACCGAUAUUCUAGUCAACGUACUCAACGAGAAAAAUCGCUUCACCGACGGCAACGCACACCACCUACUCCAAACAAAUCCACAUGAAAUUUGCACCAACGGUCAAUCAGUUGAGAGGAAAUUUAUAGAAUCAGUUCAUGUAACAAUAGAUAUUUUCAUUGAUACCAUGAUUCAAUCAUUUUAAUGAUUGUAGAGCCAAUCAAUACUUACAAAGAGAAUUAACCAAUAUUAAAAAUUCAAAAAUUAAAGUGAGAAAUCUUUUAAGUAAUCUGAGCUAAACAAACUAGAGUAGUAAAUUACAACGGAUAUUUGGUUGGGGUGGCGGUGGGUCAACCAUCAACGCUCUCUUUCGCUGUAACGUGGUCCCCACCGGACAAGCUCCUCUUGACCGAAAAAAACACAUUUGCCACACGUCCCCGGAGUGCACCACGAGACGGCCCAAUCACACGUGGCAUCCCAACCACCUACAGCUACCCACCGCUCGUGAGGCCCAGCUUUAAUCUUAUCCAAAAUAUAUAUCCACUCGGAGAGACCUUUUACCACCGCGCAGUAACUGCCCCGCCACGUGGAUCCCCAUCCCAACGUCCACCUAUCAUCCGACGGCCUCCACGAUUUACCUCGCACGUGAAAGCCGUUGCGGUGAAAAGGUGAAAGGGGUAAAAAGCGUGCGCCUUUUUUUCCCCAUCUGUUUCUGUUUCUCUCCUCCAUUAAAAAGGCGCUUCUUUUCUUCGUUCUUCGUUCUUCGCCGCAUCGCCCCCUCCGCCAUUGUUAAUCUCCUCUCUGACCUCUAUCUCUGUUCUCUCUCGCGCGCUCGCACGCUGAAGAAGAAGAAGGUGGUAGCCAUGGCUGAGGCACUGUGCAGCGGGAGCGUGGUGGCGUCUCCGUGCGGCGGGGAGGUCGGCGGCCGGGUGGUGAGGGGCGCGGCGGCGCUGGCGGAGUCCGUGCCGAUUGGUGGGUACAGCAGCAGGAGCUCGUUCCCCGGUGGGAGGGUGGCGCUGACGGAGAAGAAGGCGAGGCUCCUGCCACGGAAUCUCGAAGCGGCGCCUGGGCAGAUGAACCUGACGAUUGGGAAGGCCAUGAGGUGGUGGGAGAGGGGGCUGCAGCCCAACAUGAGGGAGAUCGAGUCGGCGCAAGACCUCGCCGACUCCCUCCUCAACGCCCGCGACAAGCUCGUCGUCGUCGACUUCUUCUCCCCCGGCUGCGGUGGCUGCCGCGCCCUACAUCCCAAGAUUGCUCAACUAGCCGAGAAGAACCCGGAGGUGCUGUUCCUGCAAGUGAACUACGAGAAGCUCAAGUCAAUGUGCUACAGCCUCCAUGUCCAUGUCCUCCCAUUCUUCAGGUUCUACAGGGGAGCUCAGGGCCGUGUGAGCAGCUUCAGCUGCACCAACGCAACUAUCAAGAAGUUCAAGGAUGCGCUCGCGAAGCAUGGUCCGGACAGGUGUAGCCUUGGUCCGGCGAAGGGGCUCGAGGAGUCGGAGCUCAUGGCGUUGGCUGCAAACAGGGACCUGAACUUCACCUACAGCCAAAAACAAGACCUUGUCCCGAUUGCUGAUGCCAUCUUGAAGGAGGCUGCUGCACCUGGAGGCCCAUGGCUGCCAUUGCCCUCAUCGACGACGCAUCUGCUCACUCACGGAUCUGAGAAUUCGUUGUUGUCCUCUGGAAGAUAGUCGGCGGUUCGACCGGCAAGGUCGCUUCAAUUUGUACAGAUUUUUCGCUUAUUGUUGGCCCCGUUGUAUGAGAUGCAGAUGUGCAGGACCAAGCUUUUAUUUUGUGAGCCUGCUGAGUGCUACUCCAAUUGUGUUGUACCAAGUCCUUGCUCGGGCAUGAAAAUUUCCUUGCCUGGCUGACAUGUAUGCGUCAUGCUCUUGUCUGCAUCGAGAAUUAAACAAAUGCUGGAUUCAUUCAUGAUUGAA